ACCCAACUCCCCGGACGACGGAACCUUCAAUGACUGCUGGAAUGCUCGAGGUGUGACUUGGGGAACUGAAUUGCUUGCGAAAGUCAUCUUCCUCUCCUUCUACCCUGGUGGCGCUCCCCUUCACUUCUGUCUCGAUGAUCAUUCAUCCUGGUCACUCACAAUGAAAACUUGAGCAUCUUCUGUCUUGUCUUUCUGCCAGAGCAGCUGUUUUUAACACAAUAACACAGACAAAACAAUUCACCUGAAUAUUUAAAUACGCUUGAAAUCUGGAUAUGUCGACUGAAGGAAAGCUUCUUCUUCAUCGUCGUCGUGUAGUGGAAUGUUCAGUCUUCAUCUGGUGUCUGCGAUAGUCUUGUAAUUACCGUGUAAUUGUUAUGCUGAAAUAAUUCUGUAAUAAAGUGGAUGAUUUCAAUGUUAUCACAAAAUCUAUGGCACAGCUGUAUCAUAAAAUCUGAUGCUGACAAUGGGUUUUGUACGUUGAAGAAGCAGGGUGUCAUAGGGUGUAAAUAGAGUUAGAAAUAUUGAGAUGAGGAGGAGCUUUUGUCUUAAAAACGUCUGCUCUACCAGACAAGACGGCGUGUCGCACACACCACAACAGCUCCGGAGAGGUGUGUCAUUUUGGGUUUGAAGGUUCUGGCUCUCCUCAGCCUUUUUUUCACUUUAAUGUUUAAUUGUAUGUCAUCUGGGUUCCACAUCUUCACCCUCUCAUCUUCUAUUUCUGGUGACUGUUUUCCUUGGUAGCCUCCACAUGUGGCCUGCCUUGAGUGGGAUGCUGAGAACCAGCACUUGGCAAGAGUAGAAGAAGCUGUGGCAUAGUCAAUGAUGGGGGAUUCAAUCUUCAACUGCUGUUAUGUUCCACCUCAUCCUCCAGGCGAGGAGGAACAUCUGCGGUCCAGACGCGCCGAGAUCAUGGCCUCCCACUCAGCUCACCUCCCGUCUGACAAGCGCUUUCUCAUCUUCUUUGACUUUGAUGAGACCAUCGUGGAUGAGACCAGCGACGACCUGGUGGUUCAGGCCGCACCUGGUCAGCACCUGCCCGACUGGCUGAAGGACACCUACCAGCCAGGUCGCUACAAUGAGUACAUGCAGAGGGUUCUGGGCUAUCUCGCUGAGCAGGGCGUCACUGAGAGCCACAUCCGCAGCAUCAUGGAGAAGAUCCCAGCCACUCCGGGCAUGCUCAUGCUCUUCCAGUUCCUCCGCACUCGCCCCCCGCCGGACUUCGAGGUGGUCCUGGUGUCUGACUCCAACAUGUUCUUCAUUGAAUCCUGGCUGCGCCGCGCUGGGGCUCGCGCGCUCUUCCACCGGAUCUUCACCAACCCGGCGACCUUUAACAAAGAUGGCCGCCUGAUGCUGCGACCCUUCCACUCCCACGACUGCCCACGCUGCCCCGUCAACAUGUGCAAGCAGGUGGUUGUUAGGGACUACGUGGCUCGCAGGAUCCAGGAGCGCGGGCGUCCAUUUCAGAGGGUCUUCUAUGUCGGAGACGGGGCCAAUGACUUCUGUCCUGCGCUCUCUCUGGGGCCCAGAGAUGUGGCCUUCCCACGGCGAGACUUCCCUAUGCACCGUCUGAUCACUGAGACCCAUGAGGCCAUGCCCGGGGAGUUCAAGGCCGUCACGGUGCCUUGGGUCAGCGGAGAGGAUGUGGUGCAGCGCCUUCGAAAGCUGGUGACUGAAUAACGUGUUCCCUUUUAACACAGACUUUGAAAUAUCUAUCAGGUAUAUAUCCUCACGUGAGGGGGGCUGAACACAGGUGCUGCAUCAGGUUAAGGUGAACGGAGGAGCUACUACUCAACCAGGAAUCCAUUUGUUGUUGUUUUUCACAUUGACAGCAAUCAUUUGUGUUGUAUGUUUGUCUUAUUUUUAACCGAGAAGCAAUAUAUUUAAACUUGACAGUGUUGCCAGAGUCUUUGUUAUAUCAUUGAGUUUUUCUUUUGUACAAGCUUUAAAAUGUUUUAAAAUAUAUUAUAACUCUUGUCAAGAUUACUUUUGAGUGAUAUAAUUUUUCACCUUUGUCAUGUUGCUUUUGUUUCAAGUCGUUUGUUGACUCUGCCUUGUAGGUCAGACCUACUCAAAACAUCAGCAGGAAUAAA